UAGUAGUAGUAGUAGUAGUAGUAGUGGUAGUGGUGGUGGUGGUGGUGGUGGUGUAGUCGGUUGCUCGGAGCGGUGUAAAGAGGCGGCGCAAACAAACUCUAUGGAAACCACUAAACUAAAAACCAUUCAACGGUAAAUACAGUUCAUGACGCUUUAUGACCUCUUCCUCGGCUUCUCUAGGCUAAUACCGACGGUGCAGUAAUGCAGUAGAACCUGCGCUGGACAACACCUGAGUAUUAGGUUACUAUACUGUACAUGAGUGUGUUGUAUGUGACACUGAAAUGGCUUUCGCUCCUAAAGAAAAACUUGGUGGUAAGAUGCAGACCAAGCGCAGCUCCUGGACACCGCUAAACCAUCACCUGUCCAACAGCCAGGUCUUUGAAGAGAGGAGAAAUCUCGUUGGCAAGUGGUUUGAUAAGUGGUCCGAUAGCCAGAGGAAGCAGGUGCUACAGGACUUCUUUUCCCGUUGCUCCUCGGCCCAGAUGAAGUAUCUUAGACAGACUCUGUGCACUCAGGUGCCUGAGGAAGCACUGGACUUCACCAGUGUACUGCCCAGGGUCAUAUCUCUCUAUGUCUUCUCCUUCCUCGACCCAAGAAGCCUCUGUAGAUGUGCACAGGUUAGCUGGCAUUGGAAGAGCCUGGUGGAACUGGACCAACUCUGGAUGCCAAAAUGCCUGCGACUGGGAUGGUGUAUAACCUUCACACCUACACCAUUUGAGCAAGGGGUGUGGAAGAGGCACUAUCUAGAGACAGUGCAGGGGCUUCAUGUCAUCCGACCCCAGACUUUUGACAAGGAGGAAUUUAUCGUUCCUGAGGUGAAGAUGAUCAGCAGUGAAUUUGAGGAGCCGACUCUGGAGAACGGAGAGCCGAGGCCCAGCGCCCUGAGUCAGCAUGGGCGGAGUUUACUGGGUCGUGCCACGGUGACUUCACCAAAAGGACCUCCGCCGUGGAGAGACUCGGACAGACACCCAACUGACACCAUACGCUUUAACUACUUAGACAACCUCGACCCAAUCGAGCAUGCAAGACAAGUACAAGCAAGAAGCAGAAGGAUGAAUCCCAACACAACACAAGAAAGCACAGAGAAGAAAGCUCUCUCUGCCUCAUCAUACAAACGGUGCAAGGCCAAGUCUAUGAUAUUGUCAUCACUGGACCUGAGUACAGACAGUAAGAGAAGGCAGAGCAGACCGCAGUGGGCCACGCAGAACACCAUGCCAUUCUCCAGUAAAGACCCGGAAGACAGGAUCAGUACAGUCCAGUGGAACGCUGGGAUACGGCCGGGUCCGGUGAGGAAUCCGGUACCCAGGCUGACCGAGAAGAGUCUCCGAGCUUCAUUAAGAUCUCACAGAAGCACACCAACACCGCUAGAGGAUGAAGGACAGACGACCUGGACAGCAGCCUGAGAUGAAAACCUGCACAUCCUCGCCAUCUGAUGGAGCACAAUGAAAACUGCACCAAUGUACUGCUUUACCUCAGGAAUGUCAAUGUCAUGUUGUAUAUGUCACACACACAUAUUCAACUAAGAGUUUAAUCUCACACACACACACACACACACACUGGGAAAUUGUAUUAGUAUAGUAGUGUUGUGAUUUGUUUCUUUCAAAGUAUUUUAUUAUUUUUUUUUUUAGAAAAAUGCGAUAAUUGUUUUUUAUUUAUUUAAUUAUUUAAUUGUUUUGUUUUCUACUGUGAAUUUAACUGACAUUACCUUAAAUGACCACUAGGUUUCAGUACCGAUCAACCCUCAACCUCAUUUAGCGUGAAUGACAAAUUAAGAGCCCAGGUGCGGUUUAUUCAGAUUAGUGUUUUAUUCUCCAAACCAGUAACAAGUCCAGCAAAACUGACAGUUUAAUAAUGCUACUAAAUACAAGAGUGUGGCAUUGUUAAAUAAAUAAAUUCUACAUGAUGAAAUUGUUCCUUCUGAUAUUAGAAAUGUCUUUUAUAAAAGUGUUCAUUACAUUUCCUAAUAAAAGAGUGUU